AUGAAUGAUCCAAUUCCAAACUCAGCUCCGGCAACCCCUUCCCGGCCGGACUCGACUCCUCCGGCAGCCCAAACCCCCCAAAUAGUCUCCCUCCCCCCAUCACAAUACCACUCGCCGUCCCUUAGCCGGUCUCCACUCCUAACUCCAGGCGGCAAAAACCCGAGAAUCCGAACCCCAAAUUUCAUAACUCCGUUAGGCAGCCCGUUGAGGAAAGCCAUUAGGUUCACAAGGCUCGACCCUCAAGACGCGUGGCUCCCUAUAACCGAGUCGAGAAAUGGAAAUGCGUACUACGCCGCCUAUCAUACUCUUUGCUCGGGUAUUGGUAUUCAAGCACUUGUCGUCCCUGUUGCCUUCACAAUUCUUGGCUGGACAUGGGGCAUAAUUGGCUUGACCCUGGCCUUUAUAUGGCAACUCUACACUCUGUAUUUGCUUGUGCAGCUCCACGAAUCCCCUGAAGAUGGAGUUCGAUACAGCCGAUACAUGCAGCUAGCUAGCGCGACUUUUGGUGAAAACCUAUCGAAACUCAUAGUCGCAUUCCCGAUCAUCAACCUCUCGGCUGGCACGUGUGUGGCCUUGAUCGUGAUCGGGGGCUCGACUUCUAGAAUGUUCUACACGACCCUCUGUGGGCCGACUUGUGCCGAUCCAAGGCCGUUGAGCAAUGUCGAGUGGUACCUUAUCUUCACGUGCGCGGCUGUUGUGUUGUCUCAGCUGCCGAAUUUGAACUCCAUUGCCGGAGUUUCUUUGAUCGGAGCUCUCACGGCCGUUGGAUAUUGCACGGGCAUUUGGGCGGUGUCGGUGGCCGAGGGCAGGCUUCCGAACGUCUCGUAUCAUCCCAUCAAGUCGCGCGGUGAGGUUUCUCGGAUUUUCGAUGUGCUGAAUGCGCUCGGAAUUAUUGCUUUCGCUUUUCGAGGCCAUAAUCUAAUUCUUGAAAUUCAGGCGACAAUGCCGUCUAGUGAAAAACAUCCAUCGACUGUGCCAAUGUGGAGAGGCGUCAAAGCUUCAUAUUCCCUAAUAGCAACAACGUGCUUAUUUCCAUUAGCUAUUGCUGGCUAUUGGGCUUAUGGUCACAUGAUUCCGGCUAAUGGCGGCAUGUUAACAGCCUUGUACGCAUUCCACAGUCGAGACAUUGGACGCCCAAUCUUAGGAUUAAUUAGUUGUUUCGUCAUAGUUAAUGCCUUGAGCUCGUUCCAAUUGUACGGAAUGCCAAUGUUCGACGACAUGGAGUCCAAUUACACGAGGCGGUUCAAAAAGCCUUGUUCGUGGUGGCUUCGGGCCAUUAUACGAGCCUUUUUUGGGUUCGUGUGCUUUUUCAUAGCCGUGGCGGUUCCGUUUCUAGGCAGCGUGGCGGGCUUGGUAGGGGGGAUUUCGUUGCCGGUGACAUUGGCGUACCCGUGCUUCAUGUGGCUUAAAAUGAAGAGGCCCAAAAGUAUUUUAUUAUCUGUCGAAAGCCCAUAA